AGCGUAAUCGUAAUCGGCGUAUAUUUUAUUGUAAAUUAAGAUAUUUCGAAGUUUAUAUAAAUUAUCAGUGUGGUUAAUUAGAGAUAACUCAUACUGAACAUACAAGAGUUUAUUAGUUUUAGACCAACGUAUAGAUAGGAAGUUAUUUGUAAUUGUACCAUGGAGGAUAUUAAAAAUAUUCGUUUAACCCCUAUGCCAGAAUCCAAAUACGUGAAGCCGCUAAGGUUCCACUACACUCAGAAUGGGAAGGAAAAGAACUGGGAUCUACUGGCAGUUCACGACAGCGUGGCUAUCGUUAUUUAUAAUGUUACGAGAAAAGUUUUGGUGUUAGUUAAACAGUUCCGUCCAGCCAUGCAUUUCAACAGCGUCCUCCCAGAAGACCGUGAGAAGGAAACCAUAGACAUUGAGAAGUAUCCACCCUCUCUGGGGCUGGCCCUCGAGGUAUGUGCUGGGAUUGUAGACAAGGAUAAAUCUGUGUUGGAUAUAGCCAUCGAAGAGGUGUUGGAAGAGUGUGGAUAUAAUGUCCCUGCUGAAAAAAUGGAAAGGAUUAUAUCUUACAGGUCAGGAGUUGGUGUGCAAGCUGCUCUGCAGACACUCUUUUUCUGUGAAGUGUCAGACGACAUGAAAACUGAACAUGGCGGAGGAGUUGACGAUGAACUCAUUGAUAUUGUGGAAAUGACAAUUCCUGAGAUGGAAAAGUUACUGAGCUCUCCGGGUCCUGUGCAGAGCCCGCCCAGCUUCCUGUUCGCCAUGAUGUGGUUCAUGCAUAACAAGGCUAGCAAGUAUAUUCGGUCGUUCGACUACACUUGCUCUGAAUGCAAAAAGCACAAACAACGAGUUUCGGAUUGGCUCAUACAGUAACGUAAGUCUAUCCGUUAUACAGCAUGAUUUGUAAUUUGACGUGUACCUUAAAUGGGGUUCUAUUAGGGCUAGGUUUCAAUGAUUUUAGCCCAGUCAACUAGGGGUCUAAGAUGAGCGGUUCCCCUUUAAGGUAUAGGUCGAACUACUUUUCAUUU